CAGUUGUCUGAAUCAAAUGUUGAACUGUCUGAGCUUUUGAAUUUCACAGAACUGUCUUCACUUCCCUUAAAGAAAGAAGAGAGAAGCUUAACAGAGAGAAGCUGACUUUCAUUGUAAAUUAUAUGCUUGCCCAUAGACUACAAUUACUUCUACCACCAUGAGCAAAGACUCCUGGGCCUUGGAUGUCUAAGCAGUGGUCACCUCGCACUCUUCUUGCCCUGGCAAAGUAGCAUUAGAGCAAGGAGACAUUUUGGCUGUGCUGAGAGCUUCAUUUGCACACAGAAAGAAAAUGGAUUUGCAAAUCCCAGCCAUUAAUAAACCAAGGAAUGAAGAAGAAAAAGGCCCUCCAGUCAUCCAGCCUGGUAGUGAUGGAGAAUGCUGGGAAGAUGCCAUGCAAAGGGUCCUGGGAGGAGAGAACACCUGCUCAGAUGUCUGGCGCCAGAGAUUCAGGCAGUUCUGCUACCAGGAGGGAAAAGCCCCCCGAGAGAUUUGCAGCCAACUCCACAGUCUUUGCUAUCAGUGGCUGAAGCCAGAAAAGCUCACAAAAGCUCAGAUGCUGGACCUGGUGAUCCUGGAGCAGUUCCUGACCAUCCUGCCCCCAGAGAUGGAGAGCUGGGUGAGAGAAUGUGGAGCGGAGACCAGUUCCCAGGCAGAAGGUUUCCUCCAGAGCCAGGCAGAUGCUAACAAGGAAGAAGAGCAGCAGACACGGGAGAUGUUAGCCAAAGUGGUCCCCGAUCUCCCGAUGAAGGAGCCUUUUCUGUCUGACACCAGGCAGAGGCCGCUGUUCAGGUGGAUUGUGCAGGAGGAGGAGGAGGAUGGCGGUAUCACCUCUCUAGGUAGUGGAAUGAAACUGGCAACUCCUAGGCCUUCUCUUCUUGGUGACAGAGUGGAAACAGUUGCUGUGCAAUCACCGGAUCAGGGUCCAGUGACCUUGAAGGAGGUGUCUGUGUGUUUCUCCAAAGAGGAGUGGGCUCUGCUGGAUCCAGCCCAAAGGGCUCUGCACAAAGAAGUCAUGGUGGAGAUUACUGGGCAUCUGGCCUGGUUGGAUGAUAUGAAGGAGAAAGAGAAGGAGGACGAACUACCGAUAAGGAGAACUGAAAUAAAACAGGAGAUGAGGAGAAAGACCUCUGCUUCUGAAGGGACAGACUUGGAGGCAGUUUCAGUCCCUUAAGAAUAUCAUAGAGGAGACAGAAGGAGAGAGAGAUCUCUACAUGUAAAGAUCUUAUCUGGUCAAUCACAUAUUAGCAGACAGCACAGAAUCCACACAGGAGAGAAACCAUAUACAUGCUC